AAACUAACAAUUUUAGGAAGACAAAUCAUUCGUUUUGUUGCCGAGUUAAACACUAGAGUAUAAACUCUAAUAAAAUGUAUUUAAAAUACACUAUUUUGUUAAUAUCUAACUUUUUAAUUGCUAUCCAUAUACUGGGUGCACCAUCGGGUUUAAACCCAGAACUUACCGAGGAAAAAGUGGGCGCAUCGUUAAGUUCGGUCCCGGCACGUACCGGGGACAAUGUGGUCGCAUCGCCAGGUUCAGUCCCAGCACGUACCACGGGCAAUGUGGGUGCAUCGUCAAGUUCGGCCCAAGAAGACCCCGAGGAGGAAAUUUUAUGUUUAUCUUUCGACGACUGUAGACUAUAUGCGAAGAAAAAAGCGAAAGCAAAAUAUGUAAAACAAUAUGUCUCGUUAGAUGAUUUUUUAGAAUAUGUUGGCGACACUGAUAUAGCGGUCGAGGGCACAAUACUCUACUUGAAUGGGUCUCAAAUUGGCGCUGCUAAAAAAAACAAAAUAGGUUUAUCUCUAUACAAGAAACUUGUUAGAGCAUAUUGCCAUCCCCCUGGGAUUCCUAUAGCAGAGUUCGUUCGUAUCAGAAGGGAAUCGUGGACACCGAAUUCAGAUCCAGAUCUGUAAUAAAACCUACUCAUAACAAAAUUAUGAUAAAGUUAAACAGCUAAAUCAAGUCUAGUAUAUUACUCAUAUAUUAUAAUUAUACUAAUGUUACUGUAAAGUUCAAUGUCUCAUAUUAUUCAUUCAUUAAUAUGCUGUUAUUUCAUUUUUUUUUUUAAGUAAUACAAAAUAUAAUAAUUAUUUUACGGUUUCUUGUAAAAUGGUUAAAAUG